GUUCUGGGUUCGAAACUCCUUUGUCUUAUUACUUUCGGGCCAUUCUGCGAAAAUGGCUGUCGACCACAGACUGGCAGCUGGCAAUAAACACAAGUGGCUAAUCGAAAGCACAGGGAGAAAAGGCAAUACUGCCAGAUAACUGGUGCAUUUUACCCUAUUAUCUGUAAGGCGAUACGACAGAAAAUGUCUGCCAUUCUGGCAAGGUGGCACCGGAGUCCGUCAUUAUCACAAGUUGAGACGUUUUGGAAGACAGGAAAAGUGGUAGGACAUACUUUUCAGGAAGGCUCAGUUUCUGUAUCCAGAAUAACAGUUUUGGUUCUUAAGUGGAUGUAAUAAAGGAUCUGGAACUGGAGGACGAGGAGUUAAUGUCCGUCAGUCCUGAUGAUCUUUGCGGUUCGGCGUGUAAAUAUUGACAGCUCUGCAUGUCCCCACGAGGACGGAAGUUGGCAUCGAUGAUCAGGGCAGCCACUCGCUCACUGGUUAAUGACAUUUGGAUCAAAACCUUUGAGGGAUCUAGAGCCAGGAAGAGCUUCGCCACCAAAACCUUAACCGAUAAAAUUAACCUUAAUUGCUUAUGGAAAAAACCCAGCUGUUUAAAUGGGUUCAUUUCAGCGCAGACUUUGCAGGAAAGCACCUCAAUCCUGGUCCAAACUCAACACUGCCAGCGUACCCGGCUGAUUUUUCCAACAGUACGGUGAAGACAAGUCAAAAUAUUUGUUUAAAUGUGGUUAAAAAGCUGUGAAAAGUGAGACAUCAUGCGAUGACCGCAGCCAUAAGACGACAACGAUGCCGCGGACAGUAUGUACGAGAAAGAGCUCAGCCAUCCGACCGGGGAAAGUGCAGAGGAGGAGACAGAGGAGAGCAUUAUGUCCCCUAUCCCAGUGGGACCGCCCUCCCCUCUGCCCAACGACGAGGACCUCACGCCCAAGGAGGGCUCGCCCUACGAGGUGCCCGUCUACAUUCCCGAUGACAUUCCCAUUCCCAGUGAACUGGAGCUGCGUGAGUCCUCUGUGCCCGGGGCAGGCCUCGGGAUAUGGGCCAAGGCCAAGAUCGGACUCGGCGAGAGGUUCGGGCCGUACAGCGGAAUGCAGAGCGCUUCCAUCAAGGAGACCACGUUCGGAUGGGAGCAAAUGCUCAACGACCACGACAUCACAUCCCAGGACAGCUGCAUCAAAAAGGUAGUGGACGACAUGGGCAAUGUGAAAUUCUGCGUGGCCACCGGCCUGGAGGGCAGCGGAAGCUGGCUGAAAUAUGUCCGCACCGCCCCGUCCUUCGAGGAGCAGAACCUGACAGUGUGUUACCUGAACGGCGAUCAGAUUUAUUAUAAAGCUAUUAGGGAUAUUGACGCGGGGGAGGAGCUUCUAGUUUAUAUGAAGGACGGAGUCUUCCCUGAGGAGUCCAUGGCCCCCAAUCUGGAAGACGAGCAGAUGUACCGCUGCGAGGACUGCGACGAGCUCUUCCCCUCCAAGCCAGACCUCCGGCGGCACCAGAAAUACUCCUGCAGCAGCGCCGGGUCCAUCUUCGACACGCUGAAUGAAGACCUCAAGCAGGAGCGGGAAGACAGCGACGAAGGGGUGCACGAGUGCAAGGACUGCGAGAAGAUCUUCCCCAACAAGUACAGCCUGGGCCAGCAUAUGAUCGUCCACACAGAGGAACGGGAGUACAAAUGCGAUCAGUGUCCCAAAGCCUUUAACUGGAAGUCCAACCUCAUCCGGCACCAAAUGUCCCACGACAGUGGCAAGCGCUUCGAGUGCGAGAACUGCGACAAGGACGCGUCUCCCUGCCGGCAGGUCUUCACAGACCCCAGUAACCUGCAGCGCCACAUUCGCUCGCAGCACGUGGGGGCGAGAGCUCACACCUGCCCGGAGUGUGGCAAGACCUUCGCCACCUCCUCUGGGCUCAAGCAACACAAGCACAUUCACAGCAGCGUCAAGCCGUUCAUCUGCGAGGUCUGUCACAAGUCCUACACGCAGUUCUCCAACCUGUGCCGCCACAAGCGCAUGCACGCCGACUGCCGCACGCAGAUCAAGUGUAAGGACUGCGGCCAGAUGUUCAGCACUACCUCGUCCCUCAACAAGCACCGGCGCUUCUGCGAGGGCAAGAACCAUUACGGCCCUGGGGGCAUGUUCGCGGCCGGCAUCCCCGUCACCUCCAGCCCCAUCGUGGGCAAGUCCAAGUCCCACCACGGCCUAAGUCACGCCGGCAUGGGCUUCAACGACUACUUCCCAUCUCGACCCCACCACCCGGGGGCGCUCCCCUUCUCCCCCGGCGGCCCUGCCUUCCCGGCGCUGCCGCACGGCUUCCCUGGCAUCUUCCCACCGUCGCUGUACCCCCGGCCUUCGCUGCUGCCCCCCAGCCCCCUGCUGAAGAGCCCACUGGGCGGAGGCCAAGAGGGGAAGCUACCCAGGGGACCCCUGGACCCCCCCGCCCUGCCCAUGGUAUCUUCCGCCAGCAAUGACGGCGCCCACGGAAACCCCGGGGACGACAAGAGCAGGGAGUCCAAGCUGGGCGGCCCGUACGGUGACGGCAAGUCCAAGGCGAAGGUGAGCGACGCGUCGGAUGGGAGCGACCUGGAGGAUGUCAACACCACCAGUGGCACGGACCUGGAUACCACCACAGGCACCGUGUCGGGCUCCGACCUGGACAGCGAUGUGGAGAGCGAGGCCCGCAGGAAGCCAGCCGGCGAGCCCAAGCAGGACGACGUCAGCAGCAGCUCGGUGUCCGUGUCCAGCUCGGGAAACCCACCCUGCGACCGGCCUUUCCUCUUCUCCCAGCACUCCUUCUUCCCCCCGCCGGACGAGCAGGCCCUGCCAGCCUCGGGGGCCGCCACCGACUCCAUCAAGGCUAUCGCCUCCAUCGCGGAGAAGUACUUCGGUCCCGGCUUCAUGGGUCUGCAGGAGAAGAAGAUGGGCUCGCUCCCCUACCACUCCAUGUUCCCGUUCCAGUUCCUGCCCAACUUCCCGCACUCGCUCUACCCCUUUGCCGAGCGAGCACUCAACCCCGGCGUCGUCUUCAAGGCCGAGCCCAAGUCGCCGCGUGAGCAGCUGCACAAGAUGCCCGCCCCUGGUGCCGAGUCUCCCUUCGACCUCACCACAAAGCCUAAGGAGGUGCGGCAGCCCCCACCCUCUGCCAGGCUGGCCCCGCCCCCUGGGGCUCCAGCCCUGCCCGCUCCUGGCGAGGAGCAGCCCCUGGACCUCAGCAUCAGCAGCCGCAGCCGGGCCAGCCACAACGGCGGUACCGCCAUCCCCGAGCACCGUCGGAACCACGUGUACGGCACCAAGCACGCGUCCAAGGAUGAGCCGCCGGGUUUGCCGCCAUCGCAGGCCCUCCACCAGCCGCCGUUGCCCCAGCACCAGCCCCCCCAGCACCAGCCCCCGCUGCACUACGCCAAGCCCUCCCCCUUUUUCAUGGACCCAAUCUACAGCAGGGUGGAGAAGAGGAAGUUGAUUGACCCAGUUGGAGCUUUGAAAGAGAAGUACUUGAGGCCAUCUCCUCUGCUCUUCCAUCCACAGAUGUCCGCCAUGGAGAACAUGACGGAGAAGCUGGACAGCUUCAAUCCGCUGAAGCUGGACGGCCCUGGCGCACUGCAACAUGCAUCACACCCCCUUUUCAGCUUCCGUUCACCACCACCCUCGCUCCCGGACGCCAUCCUGCGCAAAGGCAAGGAACGCUACACCUGCAGGUACUGUGGGAAAAUCUUCCCCAGGUCGGCUAAUCUGACCAGGCACUUACGGACACACACGGGGGAGCAGCCUUACAGAUGUAAAUACUGUGACCGGUCAUUCAGCAUAUCCUCCAACCUGCAACGGCACGUGCGCAACAUCCACAACAAAGAGAAGCCUUUCAAAUGUCACCUGUGCAAUCGCUGCUUUGGCCAGCAGACCAACCUGGACCGUCACCUCAAGAAACACGAGCACGAGAACAUCCCAGUGAGUCAGCACUCUGGGGUCCUGUCGAACCUGGGAACAAAUAUCUCUUCUCCGAACUCCGAGCCAGACAAUCACGCACUUUUAGACGAGAAGGAAGACUCCUACUUCUCUGAGAUCCGCAACUUCAUAUCCAACAGCGAAUUGAACCAGGCCUCCAGCUCCACCGAUAAAAGGCCGGACCUCCCGGAGGAGGAGCACCCCCCGAGCCACGCCCUCUCGGCCUCCAAGCUCCGCAGGAGGGAGUCCGAUGCAGAAGAGGAAGAGCUGGAGGGGGAUGAUGAGGAUGAGGAUGGCAGCUUGACAGAGAAGUCGCAGGACGAGGUGGCAUCCCCGGCUGCUAUAGCCCAGGGCACCUACGAGGACGAAGAGGAGUCCAGCUCUCUCUCUAUGACCUAUGAGCAAAACCGGAGGUGUAUUGACGAGGAGGAAACAGGCCUGUUAGACCUGGAGCCGAUCGCAGGCUUCGCAAAGAGCCUGGACCUUCACAAGGCCGCGGAGGAGCCCUUUGACGUUAAAGACAUUUUUAACGCCUCCCUAGAGUCGGAGGCGCUGAAAGAGACGCUGUACAGGCAGGCUAAGACCCAGGCUUAUGCAAUGAUGCUGUCCCUCUCCGAAAACAACCCUUUACACGCGUCCACUCCGAACUCUCUGGAGGCCUGGCUGAACAUGGGAGGAGGGCCUUCGGAGAGCGCCAGCUUUCAUCCGCUCAACCACAUCUAAGG